UUUUUCACUAACCAAUUUCACAACCAAACUACGUACUGUAUAUCCAGAGAUCCAAAUGUAUGUGCGCGUCUAGUUCGACCCGUAUCCCUGUACUAUGAAACUACUAUUUACUGUGGUUUUUGGAUCAUUUCUGAUUUGUCAAGGCUUAGCUGACACUGGAUCCUUAUCGAAGGGGGCGGAAAUCAAAGGCCAUGUUCUGGACUUUCCUCUACCACGAGAUGAGUCCGAGCAUUUUAGUUCAUUUCAAGCCUUGCCGAAUCACAUCGACCCAGAAAAUAAACUGAAAAAUGGUAGAAUAACUGAAAAAAACGUCGAACUCGUACCAGGGAAAAGUUUGCUUGUUAAAUGCGUAGAAGGUGACAAUGAAGUUAAUGCGUUUGUAUACGGCUCAGAAGGUUACUUCAUAGAUAGAUUGAAGCUAGGAAAAAGUAAAAUGGUUUUCUCACAAUUGUUGUACAUUUCUGUAUCGAAAGAUACGCCAUUUAGAGUUGAAGAUGAUACGUUUACGUUCAAAAUAAUCUACAAGUUUAAUGUGGAGAAUACAAAACCCGAUAGCCUCGAGAAACAAAUGCCAUCUCUUCGGUGUUAUAGCAGAUAUUACCAGGUUAAAACCAUUCUUCACUAUCACACAUUACGGAGAUUGGCCACAGAAUAUACGAAUUGCGAGGGUACUAAGAUUGAAAAUGAAAGUGAUGAAGGUGUAUCCUUAUUACCAUGGGACCACUACGAAAUCAUAGAAUUUCACCAAUAUGGUGACCCUUUUGGAGACCCUGUCUUAACCACUUUUGAAAAAACCAAUGACGCCCUCACGCUCAAGUGCCAACAAUACAACAAGAUCCCGGCCGGAGAUUCUACAAUAGCAACAGGAUAUAUAGUGUAUAAAGAUAUUAUCUUGGAAAAGAUAUCCCUAGACACAUGUACGACCGGAGUUGAAGGAAUAUGUAUCAAGGAAAACAAUUCAUCUGAAGGCAAAGAAUUUACACUCUUGUUUAAACAAAAAGAUGGAAACUGCUUUAAAAUGAACAUUUGGUUUACUUAUUUGCUUGGUGUCGAAGGGAAAGUUUCUCUUACUCGGGAUGCUCCUAGUGGAGUAAAUUGUCCAAAUGAUUGGACUAGUGACGCAGCCUUGGAAGUGGAAGCGCCUUAGUAUACAAGAUUUACUGACUUUCUUGGAUAGGCUCAUCUGAUGGAAAAGAUGAAUCAACUAAAUAAAAACAUGUUGACA